GUCCUUCUCCCGAUGAUGAUAUGGGUUUGGGGUCAAAGAUGGGAUCCGGUGGUCCUUCUCCAGUGGCUUUGGGGUCAACGGUGGUCCUUCUCCCAUGGGUUUGGAGUCAAUGGUGGGAUCUGGUGGUCCUUCUCCAGUGGCUUUGGGGUCAACGGUGGUCCUUCUCCGGUGGCUUUGGGGUCACUGGUGGGAUCCGGUGGUCCUUCUCCGGUGGCUUCGUGGUCACCGGUGGGACGCGGCAGUGCUGUGGCUCUCGUGGCAGUGAGGAACACCAUCCACCAAGCGGAGUUCCAGCAGCGUUUGGAGCCCUCGGGGUCGGACGUGGGCGAAUACCAACAGUCCUUCAACGCCGAUGAGGUCUUCCACGUAGACCUGGAGAAACAGGAGACCGUGUGGCGCCUGCCCGAGUUCGGGGAGGUCACCAGCUUCGAGGCUCAGGGGGCGCUGCAGAACGCGGCCAUCGGCAAACACAACCUGGAGAUCAUCAUCCAAAGGUCCAACGGCUCCCAAGGAACCAUCGUGCCACCGGAGGUGACGGUGUUCCCCAAACACCCCGUGGAACUCGGUGACCCCAACGUCCUCAUCUGCUACGUGGACAAGUUUUGGCCGUCCAUCGUCGACAUCUCGUGGUUGAAGAACGGCGAGAAGGUGAAGGACGGAGUCUUCGAGACCGUCUUCUACCCCCGUGACGACCACACCUUCCGCAAGUUCUCCUACCUGACCUUCAUCCCCACCCGCGGAGAGUCCUACGACUGCCGAGUGGAGCACUGGGGUCACCCCACCCCUUUGAAGCGCCAUUGGGAACUUCAAGUGGAUCUCCCCGUUUCCGAGACCACCGAGACGGUGGUUUGUGCCCUGGGUUUGGCCGUGGGUAUCAUCGGCAUCGCCGUGGGCACCGUCCUCAUCAUCAAAGCCAUGAAGAUGAGGAGCGCCAACACCCGACGCGACCCCUUGUGAGGUGGAAGAAGACGGAGGGGCUGCGGGAGGACCUCGAGGGUCUUCAGAAGAACUUUGAGGGUCUUUAGAGAACCUCAAAGGUCUUUGCAAGAACCUCGAGGGUCUUCUGAAGAACCUUGAGGGCCUUCAGAAGAACCUCGAGGGUCUUCA